AACAUUUGAACAGUUGAAACAAAUCUGUCCACAUUAAAUUCAAACUUUCUCACAGGAUCUUACUCACAAAACAACAAACACUGUUCAGCUUUUAACACAUUUUAACUGAGCAGAACCUUCGAAGCAGCUCUGACUCAUUAACAAAUGUCUUGAUUUGACCAAAUUAUUAGUGAGUUUUUAAAACAAUCAGCGCUUCACGGUGACCGACAGACAGACGAGUGAGUUGAAAGUCAGGGCAGCAAUAAAAAGUGUUACAGUUACAGUAAUAACAGCCGCCUCCAUCACAGCAGUCAAUCAUUGACAGCUGCGUCGCUGCGAUGAGGAAGCGUCUCGUCUGUGGAUUCAGAUGCUUCCUGCUCGAGGAUUCAGUCCCACCAGGAGCUCGACAGCAAACACUCAGAGGGAGGUGUGUGUGUGUUUCCCAGGUAACCGUGGUGACGGCAGAGCAUCAGGAGAGGAGGAGGAGGAGAGAGCUGCAGCUUCAGAUCUCCUGCAGGAUGUGAAGUGGUGAUAACCUCCACUUGGCCUUGACCUCCUGAUGACACCCAAAGUGGGCGGGAUCAGGACUUCCUCGCCCCCCUGAGCUUCUCUUGUAGCUCCGCCCAUAUGGCCUACCGCGCUCACACCACCCAGCUCUACGCCCUCGUGCUGGGCUUCAUCGGCUGGACCCUGACCGCCAUGGCGCUGGGCCUCAUCCAGUGGAGGGUGUGGCAGGUGUCCCACAGUGAUGUCAUCAGCUCGGGCGUGGCGUGGGUGGGGCUGUGGCGUGUUUGCUUCAACAGCCACACCCUGGUGACCCCCGCCUUCAUGUUCAUGCACUGCAGGUCCAUGGGCCUGACGGAGGCCUUCACGCCGCCAGAGGUCGCAGCAGGUCAGGUCCUGAUGCUGCUGUCGCUGGUCGUGGGGCUUUGUGGGAACGCUGGCGGUGUUUACGCCGUGAGGAACAUCUACUUCGGCCUGGAGAAGAGCACGCCAAUCCGUUUGGCCUUCUUCACCACGGGGGCGCUGUGCCUGCUGGCCGCCGUGAUGUCACUCAUACCUCUCCUGUGGAACCUGAGCUCCGUGGUGACCAAUCAGACCAUCAGCUUCCCCCCUGAGUUCAUGAUGCCCGCGGCUCCGGAGUCUCAACACGUGGGGGGCGGCGUCAUGGUCGGGCUGGUGGGGACGGUCCUGAUGAUCCUCUCUGGGAUCAUCUUCUGCAGGUACAGGUCACCUGAGAGGACGACUGUCAGACAACAGGUGCACCUGGAUCCACCUGUGCAGGCUGAGGCAGCGAGCUGCCCGGGGAAAGAUAAUCCAGCGUUUGAGUCUCAGGAACAUUUGUGAUCGAGUCACACGCUUUAAAACUCACAGAGGAAACUGAAGGAAGAGAAACGAUCCGAAGACUGAAGGACAUGAAGGUUGUUCUCAGCUAAAUCUAUUAUUUAUUAUUACUAAUAUUUUACAGGCUAUCUUGACUGUGGUCACUUGUGAUAUUAGUCAUUAUUUUGACUCUGUGUAUCAUUUAUAUUUUUUUAAUCUCAUAAUUUAGACUUUUUACAUCAUAAAUUUGACUUUUUAACUCAAUUUUUACAUUCUAUUUCACAUUUUUGACUUUUUGUCUCAUGAUCUCAGUCGUUCUUCUCGUGACUUCCUCUUUUCUCUGGUCACUUCUUGGUCUGUCACUGAAAUCCCUUUUCUUCAUCACAUUGUGAAGGUGAACAUGUUUCUGUCUGUGAGCAUCAGCACUGAGCUGUAAACAGAUCUGGAGGUCGUCACAUGAGGACUUUUCAUUUCCAGCUCAGUGUUUUGAUUCUAAACGUGCUGAGAAACUUCCUGAAAAGACAAAAAUGUCUGAACUUUAAACUGAACUUUAUCAUGUUUAUCAAAAUCUACAUAUAUUAAGUUCAGUGUUCUUAUCUUUUAGUACUUUUGGCUCAGUUUUUUUAAAGUUCAGCACUAAAAUAAAUUGUGAAUAUUUCAUGUGUCUGACCUGUAACAGUGAGCUGGGGGCUGAAUCUGACUAUUAGAGUUUAUUAUAAGUUACAUUUAAACGUAUUAAAGACACACAGGAAGUGUUUCCUCAGAGAUUCAGGAGCUUUUAACUGUCACAGUUGCAUGCUGGGAAGUCUGUUGUAUUUAAUAAACAAACCAGAGACAGAGUUUA